AUUUUCACAUAACUAUAUCGUUUAUAAAACAACUUUUCUCAUCGUUCUGAAAACUUGGUGAGAAAUAAUUUUGGAUCGGAUUUCUUUGAUCAAGUUUCCGAUUUAUUAUAGUUAACAACAGUGUGAAAAGUGGAUAAAUAACGAAACACAAACUGAUGGAUAAAGAAAUUUACAUAAAAACAAGAAGAUGGAUAUAUAAUAUAUAUCCUCAAGGGACAAAAUAGAAAUCCUAUAGUAAUAUGAUAAGUUCCGACAGAAGUUUGAGUCGAUAACCCUCUUUCCCGCUCUUGUUUCCUCUCCUAUAAAUACCUCUUGCAAUUGGCACAAACUCUCCAUAUCACUCUUCAACUAGUUACCUUUCAUAAAUAUGGACAACGAUCGAGAUACCGUAGAGUUCUGGUCCUCACUUUUCCAAUCCUUUGCUGACUCAGAACCUAAAGAUAAUCCAUAUCCUGUGGUUAGAAGCCCGAUAAUGACCAUGUCUACACCGAUGGCCAUUGAUGAGCCGGUUGAGCCAUGGAAAGUUCUUGAAUAUGGAGGUAAGGAGGUUCGUCCGAUGGCCAUUGAUGAGCCGGCUGAGCCAUGGAAGGCUCUUGAAUAUGGAGGUAAGGACGUUCGACCGAUGGCCAUUGAUGUGCCGGCUGAGCCAUGGAAGGUUGGAGGUAAGGAGGCUCAACCGGCAAAUGCUGCAGCCGAAGCUGGAUAUAAGAACGUUAAUACGGAUCAAGAGAAAUCUACUCAAAAAGCAACGGAAAAGGUAAUUAUGUAGUUGAUUUUCUUAGAUAUAUAUAUGAGUUUUUUUUUCCGUUUAUUUAUUUUACAUAUGA